CUAUUCUUUAUCGUCACAAUUCUUCUCUACUUCCCAAAUACUACCAGCAUAUUUGUGACUUACUUGAGUACCGAAGAAAUCAUGGCUGCUGAGGCUAUUGUUACUGAAUUUGCUAAGGGAAUACUAGGAAAUCUGUUAACACUGGUUACUGACCAGAUUGGCCUUGCUUGGGGCUUUGAGGAUGAGCUGAGACGGCUUCGCGAGAAUGUAGAGAUGGUUCAAGCUUUGCUGGCUGAUGCAGAGAAAAGGCAAGUGGAAGAAGAGAGCGUGAGGCUUUGGCUGCAGAGGCUUAAAGAUGUUGCUUAUGAUGCUGAUGACGUGCUAGAUGAGCAUGCUUACGAGCUUCUUCGGCGAAAGGUAGAGAUCCAAAACCAAAGGAAGAGAAAGGUAUGCUCCUCUUCAUUUUCAGAACCCACUGCAUUCAGUUUCAAGAUGGCCAACAAAGUUAAGACUAUUGCUGAUUCACUAAAAGAGAUUUAUGAUCGAGCAAUAAAUGAAAUUCGACUUAUUAGAGCCGAAUCAAUAAAUGCUAAUCUUGAUACUAUGCUAAACCGAGAGACAGACUGCUUUAUUGAUAAUUCAGAAGUUGUAGGAAGGAAAGAUCGUGUUUCAGAAAUAGUGAAGUUAGUGACAGAUACAACUAGUGAAAAGCUCUCAAUCAUUCCCAUAGUAGGAAUGGCGGGUUUGGGGAAAACAACUUUAGCAAAACUGGUCUACAAUCAUGAGUCAGUAAAGAGUUAUUUCAAUAAGAAAAUAUGGGUAUUUGUCUCCGAUGAUUUUGAUGAAAAAAAAAUUUUAAGAGGCAUUCUAGAAUCACUUACAGGUAACUCAAGUCUAUUAGAAACAAAGAAUGCAAUACUUGAAAAACUUAAAAAGGAGUUGGAGGGAGGAAGAUAUCUUCUAGUACUUGAUGAUGUAUGGAAUGAAGAGUCACUUAAAUGGGAUGCUUUAGUAAGUUGUUUGUUGGGAAUUACUUCAAAUAUUGGAAACAACAUUAUUGUAACGACCCGUAAAGACAAUGUGGCAAAUAUCACGGGGACACUUCCCCAGUGUCAGUUGGAAAUACUUUCAGACGUUGAAUGUUGGUCCAUAAUCAAGAAAAAAGUAUCUCUUAAUGAAAGAGUUCCACUAUCUCCAGAUUUGGAGGCUAUUGGAAUGGAUAUUGCCAAAAAAUGUGGGGGGGUUCCAUUAGCUGCAAAAGUCUUAGGAGGGAUGAUGUAUAAUAAAAAAGAGAAAAAUGAAUGGUUGGCAAUUCAAAAUAGUGAAGUUUGGAAAUCUCUACAUGAUAACAAUGAAAUGUUUCGGAUAUUAAAAUUGAGCUUUGAUCAUCUUCCAUCACCAUCUAUUAAACAAUGUUUUGCAUAUUGUUCAAUUUUUCCCAAAGAUUAUGUGAUUAACAAGGAAGAAUUAGUUCAGCUUUGGAUGGCUGAAGGGUUUCUUCAACCAGCUCAAGGAAGUAGUGUAGUAAUGGAGGAUAUUGGUAACAAGCAUUUUGAUAUCUUGUUAACAAAUUCCUUAUUUCAGGAUGUGGAAAAGGAUGAUUAUGAUAAUGUUAAGAGUUGUAAGAUGCAUGAUUUGGUACAUGAUCUUGCCCUCUCAAUUUCAAAAAUUGAAACUUUGGUUUUGGAGGAGGAUUCACAAGAUAAUAACAAUCAUGUACAGGAUGACAUCAAUCAUGUACGGCGUUUAUUAAUCCAAUAUGAUGGGGAAAUAGUACCAAAAAUUCCACUUUCAAAUGACCAUGUUCGGAGAAUGCGCACACUUAUUUCAAAAAAUGCUAUGUCUGUAAACAUAUUAUCAGAUUUUAAAUGCUUGCGUGUUCUAAAAUUAUCUGGGAAUCAGAUAACAGAGUUAUCAGACUCAAUUGGUUAUUUGGUACACUUGAGGCUUCUCCACAUCUCAAAUGCUUUUAUCAAAGCAUUACCAAACUCCAUCACCAAGCUCUACAAUUUGCAAACUUUAAGACUUGAAGGCUGCUAUUAUCUCAAAAAGCUUCCAGAAGAUCUAAAAAAAUUGGAUAACUUGAGGCAUAUUUAUAUUAAUGUUUAUGAUGAGAUCAAGCGAGCACCUAAAGAUAUGGGGAAUUUGAAUUGUCUACAAACUUUGUCAUGUUUCAUUGUGGGUCAAGAUGCAGGUGAGCAGAUCGAGGAAUUGGGAUGCUUGAAUCAACUUAGUGGAGAAUUAGACAUUACGCAUCUAGAGAAUGUGAGAGAUCAAGAAGAAGCUAGAAGUGCAAAUUUAGCAAUAAAGGCGAAAAUGAACCAGUUAAGAUUUCACUGGAGUCUUUAUGAAAAUAGAAAAGUCAACCAUUGUAAUGACGAAGAAGUGUUGGAAGGCCUCCGUCCUCAUCAAAAUUUGAAAUCCAUAAAAAUUUCUGGCUUUCUUGGAAAGAAAUUCCCAUCAUGGAUGUCGCUUUUUGACAAUUUGAUCCAGAUAAUUUUAUAUAGGUGCUACAAAUGUGAACAAGUUCCCACCCUCGGGCAUCUACCCCGCCUUAAGGCUCUAGAAAUAUUGGCAAUGGAUGACGUGACAUGUAUUGGAGUUGAGUUUUACGGCUCUAGUAAUAAUGUAUUGUUUCCGAAAUUAAGAACGCUCAAGUUUUGGUGUAUGAAGAAACUAGUGGAGUGGAAGGAUGCACCUCCAGCACGUGUAGUGUUUCCUUGUCUUGAGAAGUUGACCAUUCAAUAUUGUGAACAACUGAGGAGUGCCCCAAUAUGUCAUUUUCCGUCUCUACAGAAAUUAACGAUUUUUGCAGUCUACAACAACACGGCUUUGGAAAAGAUUAGCAGCAAUCUUACCACACUCAAGUCCGCCCAUAUUAUUUGUGCGUCAGGACUCACUUUUGUGCCAGAGCAACUUUUCUGUACUACUCUCCAAUCACUCGCUAUAGAAGAUUGUAAGGAUCUGAGUUAUAUACCGGACACCUCGCAACCCCUCAUUUUCCUCGAGGAGUUGAAAAUACGAUGUUGUCCUAAGCUGAAGUGUUUUCCACGUAUACAAGGUCGUCUACGCCGCUUGAGUAUAAAAGAGUGUGGUUUUGAAGAUCUAACUAAGCUACAAUUAUGUACGUCUCUCUCACAAUUGCAUGUAGAAGGUUGUCCUGCUCUGAAAUCACUUCCAGAUCUACGAGGAUGCCGUUCUCUUGCCCAAUUAAAGAUCCACCGGUGUCAUAAUCUCAAAUCACUUCCAGAUCUACAAGAAUGCCAUUCUCUUGCCCAAUUAGAUAUCUACGGGUGUCAUUAUCUCACAUCAAUUCCAGAUCUACAAGAAUGCCAUUCUCUUGCCCAAUUAGUGAUCUACUGGUGUGAUAAUCUCAAAUCAAUUCCACAUCUAGGAGAGUUGUGCUUUCUUACAAGAUUACAAAUUGAAGGUUGCGGCAACAUCACGUGUCUGCCAGAGGGGUCAUUACAAUGCUUGAAGAGUUUGGUGAUUGGUGGGUAUUGUGAGGAGCUGGAUGUUUUUCCCAGUCUCAAUUUCAUCCAACACUCUCAUACGACGCUCGAAAUUCUACACUUGAAAGGUUGGGCUAAACUCAACUCUCUCCCGGCCGAAAUUCAACAUUUCACUGCCCUUCAAACUCUGGUUAUCUUUCGUUUUGAUGGAAUAGAAACUCUACCUGAGUGGUUGGCCAACCUUUCUUCCCUUAAAGAACUAACUAUUUCGAGUUGCUCCAAGUUAAAGGAAAGAUAUGCAGAGCGGAGCGGGGCUGAGUGGUUGAAGAUUGCCCACAUUCCAAAUAUUCACAUAUAUUAGAGAAGCCGCUGAAUUUUCAGCAUCCCCAGUCACAGAAAAUGGCCCAACAUUGGCCGUGUUCCAAUUAUACAGAAGAAAUAAUGUGGUUAUUCCGUGGUUGUUAUGCAAAUGGGGAAAGAACUGAAAUGCAUUAAUGUGCAAAACAAGUUCAGGUGAAGGUAUCAUAUUUGGAUGAUCUUAACGCUUUGCUGGAUUGGUGGGGCAACUUUUCCUUUCAUGAAGAGCUGAAUUUUUGGGAACAAGAUGGCUAAUUUCUGGAGCAAAUUAUGGAAGAAGCGCAAUCCAUGCCAAUAGAGAUGCUCUCUGUUGUUAGCUAAGUGGAAGGUCUGCCAAAGUGGUUGGAAAUUUAAUAGAAUUUACUACCAUCUAAUGCUCACUUUACAAGAAAAGCUGAAUAUUUCGAACUGUUUGCUGCCAGAGUGGUUAAAUAGCUGGAUUUUGUAAUGCCAGGGUGUUAAUUUGAUUCCCAUCUUGUUGAAGUUAAUUAAAAUUUUUGCAAGAAGCCAGAACUUCUACCAGCACUGGAUGUGGUGGAAUGCCUCGUUAAUUUAAAGAUGCCAGUUAUUUUUCAAUGUUCCAAUAAAAGGUCACAUUUGAUCAAUAGGCUCUCAAUCUAUUUCAUUCCCUUCAAACAGCUGACAAAGGAUUUGAGCAAAGCGCUGUGAAAUUCUAUCAUUUGACUUUUCUUUAAAUGGCAUGUUUAAUUUCCCCAAGAAAGAGGAACAACCUGAGAUUCAAGUCAAAAGAGAGCAUCUUUUCAUUUUGUGUCUGAUAUCAAGUUCCAAAUUUUUGGUAAGCCAUCUUCGUUAUAACCUGUGAAAUUUCUGGUUGCUGGCCAAUUGGACUAUUAUUGUGUCUAUCUGCAAAUGUUUACAAGUUUACUCUGCGUGAUAGCUCUACUACCUUUGUCAACCAACAAAAUAUCAAGUGAGUCCAAGUUCUCCAGCUUUUACAUUCCAUCUCCUACGUACUUAGCAAUGGAUCUUUUCUAAUAAAAUGAAUUCCAGUAUGUCAUACACCCAUUGAAUCUUAUUUUUUUUCCUGGGUUAUGGUUGAUUAACCUAGGGACCUUUUUUUCAUCAACAUCUGAACUUUACUGCACUCUAUGGUAUAUAUCUGCCCAAAUAAUUCCCAAAUAAUUUCUUCUUCAUAUCUUUCUAGCUUCAAUUAAUGUCAGUUUUGUUCUUCUCUUCUUGUAAGCUUUUCCUUAAUGAAAGGGCCAAUUGUUUUGGAUGCUCCAAUUCAUGAACGUGUUGGAAGAACAGUUCUUAAUAGUAAGUAGAUAAGGGAAUGGCCACUCUCCCAAAAGAUUUUGAUGACUCCCCUAACCAAUUAGAAGAGGGCAAGAUCCAUGACAUACUCCAACAGUGUGGCAGGAUGGCAUAUUCCUGUUUCAAUUGGGCUGGUACAAUUACAAUGAACUUGCCACUUGAGAAGCUACACAUAUUCAUGAGUAUGGUGGCUUAUUAAAAGCUUUUUGAAUUUCUGCAUUUUGAUUCCCAACAGAUCUUCCACCUAUCAAAUCUUAUCCGGUUAUUGUGGCCUCACCUAGUACCCUUUGUUCUAGUGACUUCAACACUUCAAUGCUUGCUAAGCCUUCUGUUCUUGUCAAUCUUGUUGUCUUAACUAAGAGGCCAACCCGUUGGGUGCUCCAAUUCAUACAAGGGUUUGAAGGAUACUAGCCUACAGUGACUGGAUAAGUCUUCUCUUCUCAGCAGUCUUGCUGUCUUAACUAAGAGGAUAUGCUGCUUGGGCGAUCUAGUUCAUUCAAAAGUUCUAAAAGAACUAGCCUACACUGCAUGGUUGUAGCUCCUAUACACUAAAAGCCUCACCGUCGGUGAUAAGUUGAAACAUGGUCCUGAAGUUGUCUGAUUUGCUACAAUCUCAACUAAAUUUAAACUUCACUUGUCGGAAGCUGAUGUCAAUAGCUGAUGCUCACUCCUUAGUGCUGUUCUGCUCUUCAAUUCGUUGGGCUGAUAUCUUGGAAAACAUCAAAAGCUAAUGGCAAUUGCAUCUGAAUUUGAAUUGUGGUGGUCAGUAGAGGAAUCAUUGCUGCAUGUAUAUAAGACUCCAAUCUGGAAAAGUGGUAACCUCAUCUGCUGCAGCAAUAGAAUGAGUUCUCCAAGACCUGACUUAGAUACUAAAGCCUUGCAUAUGCAGUAGUACGCACUCAUCGUCUCGGCCCAACAUUUCUCAAGCUGUCAAUGUGGAACCUAGUCACUAUGUGCAAGAUUAGGAUAUGGUCAUUCUCAAGUUAAUUGAGAGAUGAAUCUGUUGGAAGACAUUUAGCUGGAUAUGUUGAUUCAGACUAUGCUGGAGAAGAUCUGGAUAAUCUUUGUUCUACUCUGAAGCUAGAGGUUGACCUCCGGUGAGUUGGAGGUCGAUACUGCAGUCAACUAUUGUAUUAUUAACCAGUGAAGUGGAAUACAUGGCUAUGAUUGAAGCUAUCAAGGAGGAUAUUUGGCCACACGGUUUGAUUGAGGACUUUGGGAAUCAUCAGGAGCAUGAUCUUGAAAAUUCAACAUAACUAGGAAAACUAUUUGACUUCGACAACUUUUAUAUAUACGUUGCUUUAACUAAAGAGAGGGCUGCAGUGCUGUGCAACGAUUAGAGAGUAGAAAAACUUCUCUUUAGGUGAAGCCUUAAAACUUUGUAUUUUUUAGAGAUUUUUUAGGGUAUAUUUGGGGUAUGAGUUUUGUGAAAGUGACUUUUUGCCUCUCAUGUAAUCUCCAUAUUUGAUUAGUGAAAUUUUCUCCACACCAUCACUCGUUGAUGUAGGCUAUUGUUGAACCAUGUAAAUCUUUGUUGAUUUUGUAAAUGUUUACUUUUCUUUUAGGUA